UGCGAACGGAACGGUGAAUUUUGACGCGGACUGGCAGUCGAUGGUCGAUUCUCUCGUCACAAUAGGGGAAAAGUAGUGAUUUCCUGUGCGAUUUGCGAGUUUGCUCGGACCCUGACAGUGGUCGAGCUUCGACCUUGCUUGGAUUCGCGUUUGAAGAACGCGUCGCGUCCGAAGGUAGACCCCAGCAACAGGCAGAUAGUAGUGAGCUCGGUGUAUAAUUGCUCCCAUGUAAAAUGUCGUCCAGAUUUCGAUGAAACCCUGCGACCCAGCUUGCCAGUUUGAUCUCGUCCCGUUUGGAGUGAAAUACCUGGGACCAAAACUCGAGCAUUAUGGACAGGGCGCUGUCCCUGUCGCCCGAUAAUCAGCUGUCAGUGUUGGUGAAAUUUGGCCUGAUGUCUUGGAGCAACCAGACGUCGUCCGCCUGCCUCGACAACUGUUCCGGCCAUGGCGAGUGCCACAACGGAACAUGCGUCUGCGAGAUCCAGUAUGAGGGGGAGGUGUGUCGGACGCCCAACUUCAGUUACCACGCUGCGUUCGCCUCGAUCUUCUUCUUUCUGGCCCUGGUGUGCCUCAUCCAGCUGGUGAUGUGCAUUGCGGCCGAGUUCCAGAAAAUGAAGACCCCGUCCUUGUGGCGGGCCUGCCGAAUCACGACCCAGAAACUGCUCUACUUCCUUGUCUUCCUUGCCACAAUCAUUCGAGGCGCCUACUUCACUUCUCCUAAUACUGAAGACGAAAACGGCUGGCCAAGGACAAUGAUGAGUGCUUUUUAUCCCCUACUCCUCUCCGGAUCCUCUUUGAUUGUCUGCUUUUGGGCGGAGGUUUUCCAUCUGCAGGACGUUCGAUGUGAGAGACCACAGUUUCUGUCAAAAUCCUUCCUAGGAUUUGUCAUUUUCAACAUCAUCUCCUAUUUUUUCCUCAUCAUUGAACUUGUAACGACAACCAAGAUCGCUCCAACUGCCGAAGCAAGGAAUUUCUACGUCCAUGUUUUUAACGGAUGCUACGCUGUUCUGCUAUUUAUCGUUGUCGUCUUUUUCCUCAUCUACGGUGUUGAAGUCUACUUUAAGGUGCGAGGCGGAUUCAUCUGUGAGCACGAAGCCUCUGUGGCUAUGACUUUAGCCAACAACCGGUGGACAAACAGAGGAAGUGACAAGCAGAGCCCCAAAGUGAAGGCGUCCACCAGCAAGGAGGAGGAUGGGGCCUCGUCCAGCCGAUUGCUGAACAGGAACCAGGAGCAGAUGAACAGGAAAAUCAACACUUCUCAGCUGCACCAGUCUCGACUUGGCUUAGUUUCCCAGGCCAUCAUGCUUUUCAUAGUUGUUGGCUUUCUCUUCAGCGAAACACUCAGCGAGUUUUGGAAAUCAAAGGUUCCUCUUGUAAGUCGAAACUGGCAUGACAUUUUGUUCCACAUUGUGGAAAUUGGCGCAGUGUUGUGGUUCCCUUGUGUCCUGUGGAAUUGCAUUAGUCCCGAGCAACUAUGGAUUUUGAAUCCGAAAAAACUCCUUAUGAAAAUUGAGGCUGAUUUCAGCAGUUCAACUGCAGACAAGGACAAAUCACCAGAAACGGACAGUGAUGAGUCGGACAGAGAGGACAGUCCCGAUUGUUGGAUUUGCUAUGACCCGGACAGAAAAGACGCUGGUCCGUUGAUCAAGCCGUGUCAGUGCAGAGGAGAUGUCAGCAAUGUGCACCACAAUUGUCUAAGGCGGUGGCUGGUUGAGAGUGCGCUGGACGACCCUAAGGCGUCUGCCUCAGACAAACUUAAAUGCAAAGUUUGCGGAUCGGCAUAUCAGGUUGAGCAAAGCACCCAUCUGGACUGGCAACAAGGCUUCACUCUGCACCACUGGCUCCAGACCUCUGCCAUUGUCACAGCGAUGUGCAUCAGUGUUGCUGUGGCCUGGGUUCUGGUGCAGUUCUUCACCGAGCCCUUUAUUAGACUUCUAGCCAUUGGAGGCGCCCUUCUGGUCUGUUACAUAGGAAUAAGAUUUUUGGGACUGAACACGGCAACCGCAUAUGAACGUGCGAGGGUGUCAGCUUUGAGCAUUGUGGGCCAAACGCCGUCCCAGUCCCCGACGUCCAGCGUGAGCAGCAACCUGGCCGUCAACACAAUCAGCGAGACGAUCACAGUCAAUUUGCAGUCGGCCAGUUCUGCUCUGCUCAGCAGCAAACAGUAGAGAGACGGCGCGUGUGUGUCAAUUUGGAUUUUUGGUGUUCUUGACUUUGACGUAUGUUUCAAAACAGGAGGCAAAAUAUCACGUUAGAAAUAACUUUCUCCAAAGUUUCAAGGUUUAAAUGUUGAAAAGAGAGGAAAAAACCUUUGAUGUUGAUAUAAAUACGUGUGCAUCUUUCUGUUGUUCACUGGUGAUGAUAGGACUGAAUUAAAAGUAAGAAUUGCGGUGAAUCCUGGAUUGCGUUAAUUUGCGAAGGAAUUUAUUUAAAUAAGCAUUUCUUGUACAGAAUUUUAGAAGAAAGAAAAAACUGUGUAGGAAGUGUUAAUUUUAACUGAUGUGAUAGUCGAAUGUGUGAAUAUUUAAGGAAAAUCUAAAGCCAGGUAUAUUAGUAAAAAAUUAUGCGCAAAUGAUUCAAUUUUGAACUGAACUAUUAAUAUUCUUCAAUGUUAAUUUAACAGAUGUAGGCAAAGAAUAAAAAAAUAACUAUACUCAA